UUUCAUAAAAAGAAAAAAUAAUUCUCGAAUAAUUAGCCCUUUCAUUUACAUUCGCAUAUGUAGUCCGCCAUUGGUCUCGAACUCACACUUGUGGGAUUCGCAGUUAUAUCACAGGACCAUGGUCAUGUGACUGUUUAAAAGGAAUUACACAGCCAUAUCACUGGACCCUGGUCAUCUGACUGUUUAAAAGGAAUUACACAGCCAUAUCACAGGACCGUGAUCAUCUGACUGUUUAAAAGGAAUUACACAGCCAUAUCACAGGACCAUAGUCACCUGACUGUUUAAAAGGAAUUACACAGCCAUAUCACAGGACCGUGGUCAUCUGACUGUUUAAAAGGAAUUACACAACCAUAUCACAGGACUGACUGUUUACAAGGAAUUAUACAGCCAUAUCACAGGACCGUGGUCAUCUGACCGUUUAAAAGGAAUUACAUUUGCAGUGCGUUUGCAUUGGAUGAACCAUAUUAUGUUCCAUUUUGUAGCCUUUAAUAGUUCGUCUAAAAUAACUUCCAGCAAGAACAUUGUUUGUCGGUGAUAAAAUCUCUCCUACAAUGCUGUGAAAAGUGGAACUUUAAAUCCAAAUGCUGUGAAGGUUUCAUUGAGUCUUCAGAUAUGGUUCCUGAUUUGUAAACUCAAUUAAAAUGCAUAUUACUUAUCAUUACAUUGUUGCUUUAGUUAUUAGACUAAUAUUAAUUAUAUAUGGAAUUAUUCAAGACAAUGUUUUAAAAGUCAAAUACACUGAUAUUGACUACCAUGUUUUCACUGAUGCAGCAGAAUAUGUCUUAAAAGGGGACUCCCCUUUUAAACGUCAUACAUAUCGAUAUACACCAAUACUGGCAUAUAUGUUGCUUCCGAAUAUAUUGGUGCAAAAUGCAUUUGGUAAAAUUAUCUUUAGUGUUUUGGACAUCUUCACUAGUAUUCUCAUAUUUAAAGUACUUAAAAAUCAUGGUUAUAAUGCAGACAUUUGUAAGAAAAGUUCAUUUAUGUGGUUGUAUAACCCCUUAACAAUGGUUAUAUCUACAAGAGGAAAUGCUGAAUCAAUCAUGUCAACUUUAGUGAUCCUCUGUAUUUAUCUUUUUCAGAAAAAUAAACCAAGUCUUUGUGGAUUGGUGUAUGGACUUUCCGUACAUUUUAAAAUUUAUCCGUGUAUUUAUGCUAUUUCAUUUUACUUUGCUUAUUCAUCUGCUUAUACUAGUCAAGAUAAUAAAUUCAAAUUUCUGUUUCUGCCUAAUAAAAACAAAUUAUUUUAUAUGUUUUUCAGUGUAAUUGGAUUUGCCAUUCCAACAGUUCUAUUUGUAUUUUUGUAUGGUGAAGAGUACAUAUGGGAAGCACUGUUGUACCAUGUGUCUAGAAAGGAUAUUCGACAUAAUUUCUCACCUUAUUUCUAUGUUUUAUACUUAUCUGAGGCCAUGGAUAGUCGCUUACCUAUGUUUAUCUCUGUGCUGGCCUUCAUUACACAAUUUUUGACUGUAUUUAUUACCGCAUGGGUUUUUCACUCACCCAGGCUAUUACCCAUUUCAAUGUUUAUUCAAACUUUUUGUUUUGUUACCUUAAAUAAGGUGUGCACAUCGCAAUACUUUUUGUGGUACAUUUGUCUGUUUCCCCUGUCUUAUCCAUCAUUAAAUAUAAAAUUUAAACAAAUUGCCACAGCGUUUGUUCUGUGGAUGGCAAGUCAGGGAUUGUGGCUUUUCCCAGCUUAUUUAUUAGAAUUUAAAGGAUAUAAUGUGUUUAUAUGGGUAUGGAUUGCUAGUCUGAUUUUUUAUUCUGUAAAUAUGUAUUUGAUUUGCUUGUUUGUUAAGCAUGUUAAAUGUAAGCAUGAUUCUAAAAAAUAUAGGUGAACAAAGUUGUUUCGCAAAGUAUAAUCAAUUUUAAAUUUUUGUUGAAUAUACUUCCUGAAUGUUAUUUUAUUUUGUUAAAACAUGUAGUUAUCUGACAAGCGUCAAAAAUUUAUUUUUUUUUAGAAAAAAGAUUAUUACAAAUAGAUUGUUAUAAAAUUAUUUUAUAAUUUUAAAUAUCAAUUUUAAGCUUUUGUACUUCAAAUAAAAUAUACAUCACGUUGUUUUAAAAUGAUUUAAAGCUAUGUUUAAUAGCUUGUGAAAAAUUUGGGAGCUAAUUUUGCUUCAUGUUUACCAAACAAUUAGAAUGAAAUUUUUGCCUACUGGAUUCUUCAAAAUGAUGUGGCCAAAUGAAAAAGUAAAGCGUUCAUGAAAAAAUAAUAAAAAAUUCAGCAGGAUUAAACUCGAUUUGCAGCUGCUAGAAAGAGUUGUAAAUUAUAUGCCAAAGCAAUAGGAAAAAAAGAAAAAAACAAUUUUACAUCAUUUUAGUUACAUAGUAAAAGCCUGAUUAUCCAGAAUUCAACUUAGAGAAUGACUCAAAUUAAUUUGAGUGUUUCUUAUAGAUUUUAAAUUUUUUUUUUCAUGGUGUGGCAUUUUUUUGUUGAAGAUACAGUAAUAUGGAAAUCUGAGAUUUUCAGACAGUUCAAAGGAAGUUUUAUUUUAAAUUAUUUUUUCUUCUCUGUUCCCUUUUUGAUUUCAACCUAGCAAUUUAUUUUUUAUAACAAUUAGUAUCUUAUUCAUCUUUAAUAAUUUAUGUAAAAUUUCAGUUUAUUUCCCUUUAUCUUAAUUCUAUAAGUGGGGAUUCUGAUAAACUUUAAUUUUUUAAUGGUGCUUUUAUUGUGACGCUACAUUUUUCAAAGAAGUACAAUAAUAUUGAAACACAGGAUUUGUGCUAUUAAAUAAGUAGAACAGAUGGUAAUUAAGUAAAUGUUAUUGAUGUCGCUACGAAUUAAAAGCCGUUUUUUUUAUUGCGUUUUUUUGCCAUUUAGCACAUUAUUAUUCUAUAUAUAAUAAUGUUUUUGAACAACUAACUUUUAUUGCUAUUUUUUAUAAUUGCUAGUUCUGAUAAUUUUUUUUUGUUGUUUAUUAUUAUUAUUAAAGCAUGGCACCUUACAAAUGUAAUGAAGAAAAUUAGAUUUUAUGCAUUCAAGUAUCUGGAAUUUUAUUUAGAAUGUUACAAUUUCCGCACAUUCUGAAUAGACAAUCUUUUACCAUACUGUAUUUCUUGUACCAUAUUGUAUUAGAUUUACAUCUGUAUUUCCACAUUUACUACUACAUUGUCGCAAAUUUACUACCAAGAGUACUACAGGAGUUGCUCCAAGUUAUGGUCAGAUGCCUGAAAAAUGCAAUACAUCGAUGCUACAGGAAACUACUCCCCUUCUCAACCAUGCAACCAGUUUUUUGAACGCAUCCUGGAAAAAACUUAAGAGUCCCCAUUUUUCUGUCUUUUUUUUUCACUCUUUUUUAUGUAAAUUUUAUUGUACUCUAAUCAAUUAUGUAUUUACGUUUUUCUGAAUGACAUAAAUUAUGAAUUUAUUGCUGUGUUCUUGUCUACGUAUAUGUAGAGGGAGCUUAAAGAUUUUAUUUUUUGUGCUGUAUGAAUAUAUUUAGUUAAAUUUGGUUGUCAAAAGCAAAAGUAUCACUAAUAAAUAAAUUCUUAAAUAA